UCAAUCGGCAAGUUUUUCCACACUUCUCUGUGCAGAAGACUGGAAAUCUGUCCAUUAGCUUCGUUCCAGAAGACCCCAUAGCAAUCCAGCAAUGGCGAUAGCUUUCUAGAACUCAGAGACGUAUUUGCUUUUGGCUUCCUUGAAGCUCAUUUUUCCUUAUAUAAAAUGAGCCUAUGCUCUCGCUCACUUCAUUUCUCACAAAAGGUUCUAGCUUUUCAGCCAUGGGUUCCAACUCCAACAAUCUUCACAUGCUUUUCUUCCCUUUCAUGGCGCAGGGUCACAUGCUCCCCUUGGUCGACAUGGCCAAGCUCUUCGCUGCCCGAGGUGCCCGCAUCACCAUCUUGACGACCCCUGCCAAUGCCAAGAUCAUCCGCCCCACAAUCGAUAACUCCGUUUGUCUCCACAUCAUUCCCUUCCCUUCCACCGACUUUGGCCUCCCCGAGGGGUGUGAGAAUCGAAGCUUCGUCCUUCCUGACAAUCAACGCAAGAACUUUUUCAAAGCCGUUGACUCACUUCGCAUUCCUUUCGAUGCUGUGCUUAGUGAUCUCUGCCCUGAUUGCGUCGUCACAGAUAUGUUCUUGCCAUGGACCUACCACGUCGCCGCUGCGAGAGGUAUUCCACGGCUUGUCUUCCAUGGCAUCAAUAACUUUGCACUUUGUGCUGCUAAUGCCUUCAAUGAGUGUCGCUUACUCUUGGAAGAAGUGGAUUCCUUUGUUCUUCCGGACCUCCCCCACAAAAUAAGCAUGUUAAGAACUCAAAUCAUGGACUUCGAAAAAUUAGCAGGAACACCGAUGGAGUUCUUACUAGAGAAAUAUAAAGAGAUUGAAGAGGUGGACUCGAAGAACUAUGGAACGGUGAUUAAUAGCUUUUAUGAGUUGGAGCCGGAGUAUGCUGAUCACUACCGCAAAGUGAUUGGUAGGAGGGCAUGGAAUGUUGGCCCUGUUUCACUUUGUAAUCAAGAGGUGACUUGCAAAUUAAUGAGAGGUGGGGAGCAAAGCACAUCCGUUAGUGAGUGCUUAAAAUGGCUUGAUGAAAAACCAAUGAGCUCGGUUGUCUACGUGUGCUUUGGAAGCGGUGGCCUUUUCUCAGUGGCUCAAUUAAGAGAAAUGGCGCUCGGGCUAGAAGCAUCAACCCUUUCAUUUAUUUGGGUGGUACGAAAUUGGGAUAAUAAAUGGAUUCCUGAGGGAUAUGAGGAGAGAAUUAAAGGGAGGGGUAUGGUGAUUAAAUGGUGGGCUCCACAACUAUUGAUAUUAAAUCAUUAUGCAGUUGGGGGAUUUGUGACUCAUUGUGGGUGGAAUUCUAGUUUAGAGGGGAUUUGUGCGGGGUUGCCUAUGGCCACAUGGCCUUUGUUCGCCGAGCAGUUUUAUAAUGAAAAGCUUUUGGUGGAGGUUUUGAAGGUUGGGGUGGAAGUGGGGUCAAAAGUGUAUGAUUUUAAUCCAGAGACCAGGCCGAUUCUAGAGGCUACUGUAAUAGAAGCGGCAGUGAGGAAUUUGAUGGGAGAAGGGGAGGAGGCAGAUGAGAGAAGGAGGAGGGCAAAGGUUCUUGGAGAAAAGGCAAGGAGAGCUAUCGAGGAGGGAGGGUCUUCAUAUAAUGAGAUUGAAAAAUUGAUGCAAGAGUUAAUAAAUCGGAGAAAGCAUGUGUAGCUUAGAUCAGGGUUAUCUUCCUUCUUCCAACAUGAAUGCCUAGUCUUGUAUGUGUCAAUUUUGUUUGAAAGAUGAAAAAAAAAAAGAAUAAGUUUUACUUCUCU